AUGAAGGACCGAAUGGCUUUUGAGUUGAGAUAUGUUCUAUUCUUAUCAUGCUAUCUCUUAGCAAGUGCAACUCUUACGAUUAUUGCUCCUAUCAUGCCGUACCAGAUGCAAGAGAAAGGAGUGCCGACUGCACUUAACUCAAUAAUCUUUUGAAUCUUCUCACUCGCAGGCUUAUUUGCUUCUGUCUUUGGAGGGAAAUAUCUGGCAAUCAAAGGAGCAAAAUUCUUUGUCUAUUCAGGUCUUCUAGGACUGGGUCUUUCUCAUCUUAUAUAUGCUUAUCUAUCCUUUAUUGAUGACAAAAAUAUAUUCACAGUGGUUAUUAUCCUCAACAGAUGACUUGAAGGAUGGUCCUUUGGUUUGAUACAGUGUAUGGUGUAUGGAGUUGCUUCACAAGAACUAGCACCAUCAGAGUUCGAUCGAUAUGCAAGAACUUGCUCUGCAAGCGCUGGAGUUGGAGGGUGCCUCUCACUAUUGGCUGGGCCAUACUUGUUCUCUAUUGGUGGCUACUUCCUUCCAUAUUUUGUGCUGUGUGGAAGCUUUGUAUUAUUAGCGUUCAUAAUGUACAUUUCAGGAACUUUAAAUAUUGUUGAAGAAAAGCCUACUGAAUUGCAUGAAGCAUUGAUCGAGACGAUUGACGAAGAAUCUUUUACACCUUCUGAAUGCCAGCUAGAUUUGAAGUUCUUGUUUCGUAUUCCUACUGUGAAGAUUGGAUGCAUGUCGAUUCUUCUUUCAAACGUUGUUUUGUGAUAUUUGGAUCCUAUUUUUGCACUUAAAAUGCUUGAUAUGGGCAUUUAUGCUGACACAACUGGGUAUAUUUAUAUCUUUUUGUUGUUAAGUUAUUCAAUCUUUGGCUUCUUGGGAGGAGUUCUUGAAAUGAUAGCUAAUAAAAAGACUCUUAUCAUCUUAGGAUAUUUCGCAGGGUUCUUAGGUUUUUGUAUUAUCGCUCAUGGAGUUUUCAUUGGUACAAAUUAUAUUAUCCUUAUUAUUUGUGGUCUUUUCCUAAACGGGUAUUCUGUGAUUGGUGGGAACACUUUCGCUACAAUGUACACCAAGGCUGAAUUGAUGAAUGCUGGAGAGAAAGAAGGGAUAUCUCGUAAAGAAGCAGGAGGAUACUUUGGAGGUGUAAAAGGAUCGAUGAAUUUGAUAGGCACCUUUAUUGGCCCCUUGAUCAGCCCAAAUAUUUAUAUGAUGGUAGGAUUCGAUUAUGCCUGAAUCAUCAUGGGGUCUAUUCAAAUUCUGUUUGUUAUCUUCUUUAUCUACAUGACUAGCAGUAAUUCAAACAGUAAACAUCCUCAAAUAUCGGAUAAAGAGGCAUCACGAAUCUCAGGAUAACUAUGUUUGUAAAACCUAGCCCCCAUUUCCUACUUGUCCUGAAUCACUCUUUUCA